AAAUGGGAGAAGCACUUAUCAUCAACAUAUUUGAUUUAAACUUUACACCUACAAAAGUGUGUCUAUUAUCAGCAGCCAUGGCAAUAACCAGAAGCUUGCUUCCAUCUUCUCUAACUCUUCUGAUGCUUCUUCUUCUCCUCUCCUCCACCUCAAAUGCAGUUCCAAUGUCAAGAAGUCUGAAUCUCAUGGAUGAAGGAUCAUUUGGACAUAUGAAAGAUUUAAGGAAUAUCCACUCGGAAAAUGUGAAGGAAAGUUGGGAGAUAACGGAGAGGGUGACGGAAAGGCUGAAUCUAGAAUUAAACGAUUAUCCCGGAUCAGGCGCUAACAAUCGCCACACACCAAGGCCGUAAUGAGAGACGAAUAUGGUUGUCACAUGAAACUAGAAACAACAAUGUGGGCGCUAGUGUUUUACAAUGAAAUCUAUUUACAAAAUAUGCAAGUUAAAGUAGUACCUGUAAUAUGAUCCAUGCUACUAAUUAAUAGACCUAAGUUAGAUAUGUAUUAAGUACAAUUGUUUAAAGUGUUGUAACAUGUAUCUAACCAAGUUGAUUAAUGGUUGGAGCAUGAUAGCUGUAGUAUUAGAAUUGUGAUGAUGGUUUAGCUUUCUUUUCCAUUCUAAUUAUAUGUAUCUAACCAAGUUGAUGAAUGGUUGGAGUAUAAUAGUGUAGUAUUAGCUUGUUACAUUAAUGAUAUCACUUUCUUUUCCAUUCAAA